CUGCACUGGUGCGCGUGUCCGUGCGCGUGCCCGCCAGCAUGGAGCUGCUGCCGGAGCUGCAGGCGGAGAAGCGCGUGCUGGACCCGGCCCUCACGCACGCGCUGCGGCUGCUGGAGCAAGAGAUCGACAAAGUCCAGAGAGACGAGGGGAAGGAGGAGGAGAAGUUCAUCGACGUCGUCAUCAACAAGAACAUGAAACUGGGCCAGAAAGUUCUGAUUCCAGUCAAGCAGUUUCCUAAAUUUAACUUUGUGGGGAAACUCCUGGGUCCUCGCGGGAACUCGUUAAAGAGAGUCCAGGAGGAAACGCUAACCAAGAUGUCCAUCCUGGGGAAGGGAUCCAUGAGAGACAAGGAGAAGGAGGAGGAGCUCCGUCAGAGCGGAGAGUCCAAGUACCAGCACCUGAACGAAGACCUGCACGUCCUGAUCGAGGUGUUCGCCCCGCCGGCCGACGCCUACGCCCGGAUGGGCCACGCGCUGGAGGAGAUCAAGAAGUUCCUCAUACCAGACUACAACGACGAGAUCCGGCAGGCGCAGCUGCAGGAACUCACCUACCUGAACGGAUCUGAAGACGCCAAGGUGCCGGCGGUUCGGGGGAAGUCGGUGGUUCGAGGACGAGGAACCGCUGCUGCAGGACUGACCAGGACCCGCGGCGGCGUCCCGCCCCCCCACGCGGCCGUCCCCCGGGGGGCAGCGCCCAGAGGCGGAGCUCCGCCCAGCAGGCCUCCGGCCUCCAGAGGGAGGGGGGGCCAGAGGGCCCGGGGGGCCCCGCCCCCCCCCACCGCCGCCGGCUACAGGCCGGCCCCCCCGGUGGUGCAGGACUCCUAUGGAGAAUACGAUUACGACGACGGCUACGGGACGGCGUACGACGACCAGGGCUACGAAUCCUACGACAACAACUACAGCAACCAAGGACAAAACUCAGACGACUACUACGAGUUCGGCCUCAGCGGAGACUCGUACGAUUCUUACGGUCAGGAAGAUUGGGCUAACAGUCGCGGCAAAGCUCCGGCGGCGCGAGCUACCAAGGGCGUCUACAGAGACCAGCCGUACUCCAGAUACUGAACUGUUUACGCUAGCCGCCGCCGCCUAGCGCCGCCGCCUAGCGCCGCCGCCUAGCGCCACCUGUGGCUCUUCCCGCCCAAAGUAAUGGACUUUUUUACGGACACUCCCACCUUUUUAGAGUUGAAAAACUAAAGAGCAGAUGAAAGUCAGAGACGGAUUUCACUAAUGGAUCCCCCCCGAUUAAAAAAUACCCCCUAGAAAAUGUAAACGAGUUUAGCUAACUUCCCCCAGGACGAGCGACUGGAUUAGCAGAGACUCCAACUAGCUGGGAGGGAAUUCAUGGAAAUCCUGCACUUGGUGACGAGUUUUUGAUAUUUGGCAUGUUAGUUAUGGACAUAAGGUUUUCAAACCCUAGUGGCCAGUUUGCAGAACAUUCAAAAUGGCUCAUAGGUCAAAUCUCAGCUUCUCUUAGUCCUAGAUGGUUGUUUAUUGUCACUUUCUCUACUGUUUUGGUGCCAGUAAUUCAAUUGAAAGAUAAAUUUCCUAUUUCAAGGUCAUGUUGAAGGUCAAAUUUAAUUUUAAAGGUAAUUUUUUGCACCAAAGAAAGUUGAAAUGUUGAGAAAAAAGUUGAAAUUUCGAGAAUAAAGUUGAAAUACAAUUUUGAGAAAAAAGUUGAAAUAUCAGGGCAGCGCGGUGUCUUAGUGGUUAGCACUGUUGCCUCACAGCAAGAAGGUCCCCAGUUCGACUCCCAGGCCCAGCAGGUCUUUCUGUGUGGAGUUUGCAUGUUCUCCCCGUGCUUGCAUGGUUUUCCUCCGGGUACUUCGGUUUCCUCCCACAGUCCAAAAACAUGCAUGCUAGGUUAAUUGAUUCUAAAUUAGGUGUGAGUGUGUGUUGUUAGGUUCCUAAUAACUUAGGAAAGACACAGAGACUGUAGAAAUGAUUUUUCAGGCCUUCUGCAGAAGUCUGGGGAAGAGAGCCGAGGAGUGCAGGGCACACUGGCCCUCACAGAGAACUCCCAAGCUCUUCUCCCAAAUUAUCCCUGCAGCCUGGCACUUUUAUUCAGCAAGGGUGACAGGAACAUGACCAUAUAGGGUUGACAAUGGACAAUUGGAAGAAAACAGAUGGUCACACAUGUGACUUUUCAGUUAAAGAGGCUUGGUAUGAAGAAACAAACAGACAUCUUUAGCUUAAAGUCUUUAAAAAACACAAAAGGUCAAAGGGGUCAAAUGGGGGGCCCCUCCUGGACAAACGAGAACUCUGAGAUCUUGAACAGAUGCGUGCAGGCUAACCUUAAAAAUACAAUGGGACAGUUGUCCCAGGACAGUCCAAAAGCCCUGAGUAGAUCAGGAAGUGGCCUGUUGUGACUUCUGUCAACAUGUGAUAAGCAUUGUGAACAAACACAGUCAGCUCUCUGACUUGAUUUGUUUCUAAUGGUUUCAUAAGCACAAAACUAAUUCAAAAACGUUGAUUAACCUAACAGAGUGUGUCUGGUU